AUGGGUAUUUGCAACGAUCGCUCGGGAGAAAUUCCGCCGGGCAGAGAUCGUGGGAAUUUGAUUGCCGUGGAGAUUGCCGUUGACGUUAUAGUCUGGGGGUGUCAUUUCGGUGUUGAGUCGCGCGACAAGCCACUGGUAUAUGACUUGCAAUUGCUCUGCAAGUGUUCAUAUUCACCAUCGGAUCAAGUGGCCGACCCCGUUCCCUUCCUCCGUCCACCUCCGUUCAAGCACCGUUCAACUGCCGUAAGGACGCUUCGGAAGGUUGUCUCGGAUGCUUGUGCUAGCGACUUCGCCGAAUCAAGCUAUUCUAGGUACAGUAGUUGCACCCUGGAAUCCAUGUCCCCUGGGCCUGUGAGCAAGACGAAGCUUAGUCCCCCAUGCUACCUCCAAACCUCCAAACAACCGUACGACUUUUACGGGCUAGAAUGCAUGUCGGCCGGUCCGGGCUAG